CUUCAAGUCUUGGAGAAAUGGUAUCAGGGACAUUUCGAGCAACACCCACAUCAACAGACGGAGCACAUCCCUCCUUACGAUGUUGUGCCGUCCAUGCGUCCGGUGGUGUUAGUGGGGCCGUCACUGAAGGGUUAUGAGGUAACAGACAUGAUGCAGAAAGCCCUCUUUGAUUUCCUGAAGCACAGGUUUGAUGGGAGGAUAUCAAUAACAAGAGUGACAGCUGACAUUUCUCUUGCUAAGAGGUCUGUCCUAAAUAAUCCCAGCAAGCGAGCAAUAAUUGAACGUUCAAACACUCGGUCCAGCUUAGCGGAAGUACAAAGUGAAAUUGAAAGAAUCUUUGAGUUGGCAAGAUCUUUGCAACUGGUUGUUCUUGAUGCAGACACCAUCAAUCACCCAGCACAACUUAUAAAGACUUCCUUAGCACCAAUUAUUGUUCAUGUCAAAGUUUCAUCUCCAAAGGUUUUACAGCGGUUGAUUAAAUCUAGAGGGAAGUCCCAAAGUAAACACUUAAAUGUUCAACUGGUGGCAGCUGAUAAACUUGCACAGUGUCCCCCAGAAAUGUUUGAUGUUAUAUUGGAUGAAAAUCAGCUGGAGGAUGCAUGUGAACAUCUGGGAGAGUACCUCGAAGCAUACUGGCGUGCUACCCACACAACCAGUAGCACCCCCAUGACCCCCCUGCUCGGAAGGAAUUUGGGCUCAACUGCACUCUCACCAUAUCCCACGGCAAUUUCCGGGUUACAGAGUCAGCGUAUGAGGCACAGCAACCACUCCACGGAGAACUCUCCAAUUGAAAGACGAAGUCUAAUGACCUCUGAUGAAAAUUAUCACAAUGAAAGGGCUCGGAAGAGUAGGAACCGCUUGUCUUCCAGUUCCCAGCACAGCCGAGAUCAUUACCCUCUUGUGGAAGAAGAUUACCCUGACUCAUACCAGGACACUUACAAACCCCAUAGGAACCGAGGAUCGCCUGGGGGAUAUAGCCAUGACUCCCGACAUAGGCUUUGAGUCUGCGGAAGCAAACAAAAAAUUCAUCUGUUGACAAUUUGCCAUAGCACUGCUAGGAUAAACCAAUCAUCUUAACUUGGCAAGUACAGCACAGUGUUAACUGUGCUUGUGGGCCGCUGUCAUUUGAUGCUAGGUAA